AUGAUUCAUUCAAGCAAAAAUACCAAAAAAUCAAAAAAAUAAAAGAACUGUGAUGAUUUUACUGAUUCUCAUUCAAAAUUAUUAUUAGAACGUUUUCCUUACACAAUAAACGAUUUUUAACUAAAAGAUGUUCCUGUACUUAAAAUAGAUCGUUGUUUUUUUGCAGAUCCAUUCAAGACCAUAGAUGAAUUAUAUACAAAAGGUUAUGAAAAAUUUGGAAUAGUAAAAUUGAUCCUUCCUUCAGAUUUAAUUGUUCCAAAUAAGAAAUUCUUUACCCUUUUAGAGACUAAGCUUAAGGGUAAGAGAAUGUAAACUCGUAUCUAAACAUUGAACACUGAAAGAGCAGGAGAAGUAUUUUGUUAUAUUUAAACAUAGAUAUUUGGAUCAAAUACUGUAGGAUUCACUAUUCAAGAAUACAUGAAUCUUGCUAAUAGAUUUGAGUGUAAUCAUAGAUUGUAAGGAUUGAGAGAAGUGUCAAAUCAGAUUCGAUAGAAUGAAAUAGAGUUCUGGUCAAUUAUUGAUUAUCCAACUAGAUAUGAAGAUAUUGAAGUAGAGUAUGCAGCGGAUCUUUUGGCAACUAAAUAUGCAACUGGAUUUUAAGAGGGUUAAUUAGGAAAUCUAAAUAGAAUAAACAAAAAUAGGAAUUCUAUAUUUUAAGUUCUUCAAGAAAAGAAUGAAAUGAGUGGAAUAUCAGUUCCUUGGUUAUACUUAGGUAUGAAAUAUGCAAAUUUCUGUUGGCAUAAGGAAGAUCUUAAUUUAAAUUCAAUGAAUUAUAUGCAUGCUGGAGCUGCUAAAACUUGGUAUACAAUUUAAUUGAAAAAUCAUUUUAGGUAUGCUAUCCCACCAAGUUACAGUGAUAAAUUUUUACAAUACUUUAACUAAGCCUUUGAGAAUGAAAGGAAAUCUAACCCACAUUUGUUGUACGAUAUUACUUGUUAAAUUUCACCUAUAGAAUUGAUUGAGAAUGGAAUACCAAUUCUUAGAACUGAUUAAUAACCAGGAGAAUUAAUUUUAACUUUAGGGGCAACCUACCAUGCAGGUUUUUCACAUGGUAUUUAUUUAAAUAUAAAUUAGGAUUCAAUUGCAGUGAAGCUGUUAAUGUAGCUCCAACUCAAUGGCUUAAAGAGUUUGAUAAAGCAAUCUAAGAAUAUCGUAUGAAUGGGAACUUAAAGAAAGUAAAUUUUAAAAGUGAUUAUUAAAUUUAGGUUAGUUUCCCUCUUGAAUGGUUGCUUUGCAAGGUUAUAUUAAUGUCUGAAGUUGUAAAAUUCACUUAAUAAUCAUGGUAAAAGGUAUAAUUUUAAAUUUAAUCUUUAGUUAUUUGAAAAAUUCAAACAAAUGAUGGAAUUAGAAAUUAGCAAUCGUAAUUUCAUUCUAAAUCUAUAUGAUAAUGUUAAAUUAAUUGAGUUUGUUAAUAAAUAAGAGAAGUAUGAUCGAAGUGUUUGUAAAAUCUGUUCCAAUUAUAUGUUUUUAAGUUACAUUUUUUGUGGAAAGUAAUAAAUUCCAAUUAUUUAAUAGAUGUAUAAAGAAGGUAUGUAUUUGUCAUUAAAGUAUUUGUGCUUGUGCUACUCCUUAAAUAUCACUCUAUAUUCGAUACAGUAACAUUGAAUUAUAAACCAUGCUUGCUACAUUAGAGUCCAAACUUAAAACAACGGGGUCAUGA